AUGUUCAACAGCAGCUCCAUCACCGAGUUCCUCCUGACAUUCGCAGACACACGGGAGCUGCAGCUCUUGCACUUCUGGCUCUUCCUGAGCAUCUACCUGGCUGCCCUCCUUGGAAACGGCCUCAUCAUCACUACCAUAGCCUGUGACCACCGCCUCCACACCCCCAUGUACUUCUUCCUGCUCCUCGCUGACCUGGGCUCCAUCUCCACCACUGUUCCCAACGCCAUGGCCAAUUCCCUGUGGGACACCAGGACCAUCUCCUACUCGGGAUGUGCUGCACAGCUCUUUCUGUUUAUCUUUUUGAUGUCAGAGUUUUCUCUUCUCACCAUCAUGACCUAUGACUGCUAUGUUGCCGUCUGCAAACCCCUGUACUACAGGACCCUCCUGGGCAGCAGAGCUUGUGUCCACAUGGCAGCAGUUGCCUGGGCCAGUGGGUUCCUCAAUGCUGUGCUGCACACUGCCAAUACAUUUUCCAUACCACUCUGCCAAGGCAAUGCUGUGGACCAGUUCUUCUGUGAACUUCCACAGACCCUCAAGCUCUCCUGCUCACACUCUUAUGGCAGGGAGGUUGGGCUUACUGUGGUUAGUCUCUUAGUAGGAUUUGGGUGUUUUGUUUUCAUCGUGCUGUCCUAUGUGCAGAUCUUCAGGGCUGUGCUAAGGAUCCCCUCUGAGCAGGGACGGCACAAAGCCUUUUCCACAUGCCUGCCUCACCUGGCUGUGGUCUCCCUGUCUAUCACCACUGGCAUGUUUGCCUACCUGAAGCCCCCUUCUAUCUCCUUCCCAUUCCGGGAUCUCUUGGUGGCAUUUCUGUACUCAGUGGUGCCUCCAGCCGUGAACCCCCUCAUCUACAGCAUGAGCAACAAGGAACUCAAGGAUACAGUGUGA